CCAUCCAGCCCUCCAGUGUUUCAUACACGCUUCCUGGAGGAUAACCACAUAGCCUUCCUACGGAGCAAGCAAGCCGGGGAGGUAGAAUGAGGUAUACAUAUCUAUGUGAAGGAACAUGAACAUGGACCCUUGAACUCAAGGAACCCCCCCCCCCCCCCCCGGCACAAUCUAGUAAAAUUUGAGUUUUUUCUGUUUGGUUUUCCAUCUCGCUUUGAUGGAAAACAACUAUGAUUACGUGGCAUUUUUCAUUCGGAUGACACUUAGAAUUGGACAUUGAUCGCGUAGCUAUCUCAUUACUGUAAAGCCUGCUUGUCUCUUGAAGAGUAUUUAAAUUCUACCUUGACACUACUGCCUCCACAUAUCUCUCAUUUCUGUGGAAGACCGGGACGUUUGACGUCAGCACUUAACACGCAAUAUUCCACUGCAAUCUAGUGCUAAUUAAAUUGCUAUAGCCUCCUUGCAAGACCAAGGUGUGUUCAUUUUUGUCUGAUUCAUAGUUUUAAGAUUUGUUUGAUUUUAUGUUAUUUAAACUUGUUUGACAUGUAGCCGUCUUUUCUAAGCUGCACUUUAUUGAUAAAUAUCAUCACUAAGAUAUUUUAAACUGUAUUUUAAGCAUAUCUUUGAGUUAUAUAUAUUUUUUCAUCUUUAGGGGUAUAUAUAUUCUGUUUUAAUUUUAAACUGGAAAAGUAUAUCGUUUUUGUUUACAAGCCUUGUCUGUCGAUCAUUCCGAAAUGGACAAAUCUAGAAUCUGAUAGCAUUUAAGGACAAGGCAGACAUAAUCUGGAAUUGACAGAUCUAAGAUCAAUCCUUGUCUUCGGCAUUUGCGUUGUGAAGGCUGGUGUUUUUCAUUGUUUUUAUGUUCCUCUGUUGGAUUGACACACUAAAGAGAAUAAUCUCCAUCUGAAGGCCAGUGGGAGUUAUUUUUCUUGGAUCGUACAAUACUCCUUUGAGUGCAGAUGGAUUUCACACGUCAAACUCAGAGGUGCUUUUGUGGCGUUGCCUUUGAAAUUCAAUCACUGAAGUGGAAGAAAGAUUUUAAGGAGGUUUCAGGGAUAAAUAACUUGUGUUUUUAGUUUUUAAGACAGACUGACAGGUCUAUAGCUAUAUUUUCGUCUUCCUAGCAGAUCCUAAGGAGAGGUGCUUCCAUUUGAUUCUCCUUUUUAAGGUGGCCAUCAGUGGCCAAAUGAACUGACAUGUGUAUCACUACCUGAAUUUAAACAGACUUAUUCCAUCCAACAAACUGCCAACUGCAUGAAACAAUCACACACCGUCCACCUGUCAGGAAACAGACCGUACCUACCCUAAACCUGAGGGUUGGAAGUCCUCUCCCGUCAAGCCCCCCACACUAAGGAUGCGUUCCCCAGAGCCCCCCCUCCCAUCCCCAGCUGAGGCGCUCCUCCACUGCCAGUUCGGGGGCUGGGGAACGGGCAGCAGCUGCAACAACAGCCCCAACAGUCCUGGAGGUCCUGGGGGUCUGUCGUCCCCUUCUCCCUCCCCCAACCCCUCUCCUGCCUCCAGCUACGCCUUGACCCUCACCCCCUCCCACAUCCACGUCCAGCGCCUGGCCCCCCGCCCUGGUAAAGAGGCACGUCUAAUACUACCCCUGUCAGAGCUGGCAGGGUGCAGCUGUCCCCGUGCCCCUGCUCCCCCCUUGCUGGUUCUAUACUGGUAUCCCCCGGGGAGGCGGAGGAAGGGUGUGUCCAGGAGGAGGCAGGUGAGGGCGUACCUGGCUGAGGCCAGGGUGGAGGCUGAGAGGUGGUCCACUGCUAUACAAUGUCUGCUCAGGGGAGUCGCCAUCACUGCUGACACGGUUGUUGGAAUCAGUCUGAUGUCCCCUAAUGCCCAUCAUAAAGACAGGCACAGUGUCACCGUGAGAGAGAAUGAAGCCAAAUCAGCACUUGUUAUGGCGUUAGGCGUCGACUACUUCCUAUCCUGUGUACAGACUAACUGUGCCUUCAUUAACUUAAUGAGCACCAUUCACUCCAUAAAUCAGCUCUACAACCUGAUACAGACAGAGCGACAGAACCAUGCCAGAGAGUUGAUCAAAGAGAUCUCCCUGCCACAGUGGGACGGCAUCAUCAUCGUCUCUGGAGAUGGCCUGCUGCACGAGGUGAUCAAUGGUUUGAUGGAGCGUCCAGACUGGGAACUAGCAAUAAAGACACCUGUAGGCAUCCUGCCCUGUGGCUCUGGAAAUGCCCUGGCUGGCUCCAUCAACCACCAUGCAGGUUAUGACAUGUGCCUUCGGGAGCCUCUCCUCCUCAACUGCUGUUUUCAGCUCUGCCGUGGCGGAGUCAAGCCCAUGGAUUUGGUCUCUGUGACAACCAGCCCYGCCCCUUCUCAAAAUGGCCGUCCGGGUCUUCCCAGAAGGAUGUUCUCCUUCCUGUCUGUGGCCUGGGGCUUUGUGUCUGACGUGGACAUCGAGAGUGAGAGGUACCGGGGUCUGGGCUCGGCACGGUUCACCUUGGGCACUCUGGUCCGCCUGGCCUCCCUGCGCUCCUAUAAGGGCCGUYUGUCCUACCUGCCCCCCUCCAUAGUCGCCACAUCCCCAGACGCCAUYCCUCCGCCCCUGCGCAGACCCCUGUCCCGCAGCAUCACUGAGGGCUUGGAGGGCUUCUGCCACACCCCCAUCCAACGCACCAGCUCUGACAUGGGCCUCAGCGAACAGAGGAGUCUGAGGAGGGUAGACACGGAAAGGGAGAUGGAGAGGCAGAGAGAGAGGGAGAGGAGGAGGGAGAGGGCCAGAGGAGGGGGAACGGGGGUGGUCAGGGCGAGUAGCUUGGCAGAGGAUAGAGAGGGAGAGGCGGGGAGGUCAGGGACAAGUUCGGAGAGAUCUGGGACGAGUUCGGAGUCGAACGAAAGGGAAGAUUGCAGGAUGGGAAGGGAGGAUGGGAUGACGAGGAACAUGGAAGAAAGGCCAGAUGAGGAAAGAGAAAACAGAACGAUGGAGCAGGACUCAGGGGUGAUAGAGGAUWUAGAGGAGAGAGUGAGGAAUGGGGAAGGCAGCAGCGGCUCAAUGGAUGGGGUGAUGGAAGCGAAGGAGGUUGGAGAGGGUUACGGGGUGGACAUGGGGCGAGAGGCCAACGAGGACCCAGAGAGGUGUUACUCGUACCCUGACAACCUCCAGCAGACCAGACUGGCUCUAAGGAAGAAUUCUGCCCCUUCCAGCCAGAUAGCUAACGCCUUCUUUAGCCAGCCCCUCAGCCAGGAGGCUGACCCCGUGUCUGGAGCCUCGUACAGAGCAGAAGAGAUGGAUCUGAACGGAACAUACUUCCAGAAAGAAGCUUACCCACUGGACAUCGCCCGAGAGAGAGCCCUCACCAUAUCCUCUCCCUUCAGACACUCUCCUUUCUCCUUCAAGCCCAAAUCUCUGGACCAGAACGCAUCCCGCCCCAGACCCCUAUCCCUCCUCCACCACCCCCACUCCAACUCCCUACCCCCCAAACUCCCCUCCCUGUCCCUCUCUCUCUCUCCCACGCCCCCUUCCUCCCCGUCCUGUGCCUCCCCCCACUCCUCCUCCUACCUCGUUCCGCGCCCCAACACCCCCAACUCUACCUCCCCUUCCCCGUCUCUCCAGUCCCCCUCCUUUACCUUUGACAUUGGAGAGCCUGCUGGACCCCUCAAGAACCGCCCCCCCGUCUCACUCCCUUUCAACCCCCCCAGGGAUGACCUCCUGCCCCCCUUGGACCAGGCCCUGCCGACCCGGGACUGGGUGACCAUCGAGGGGGACUUUGUGCUUGUGCUGGCCAUCUACCAGUCCCAUCUCGGGGCAGACCUCCACGCCGCCCCCCAAGCCAGGUUUGACGACGGGCUGAUCCACCUGACGUUUGUGCGGGCAGGGAUCUCCAGAGCCACCCUGCUCCGUCUGUUCCUGGCCAUGGAGAGGGGGGCACACCUGUCUCUCAGCUCCCCCUAUGUGAGCCACGUCCCAGCCAGGGCCUUCAGGCUGCAGCCCCUCUCCCCACGAGGAACACUCACUGUGGACGGGGAACUGGUGCCAUACGGCCCGCUGCAGGCACAGGUCCAUCCCUCUAUGUCCCGGCUUAUUGUCGGCGACUCUGGAGUGAAGAUCACCCGAUUCUGACAAGGGAUUGGCUGACCAGAUCAGCUGAUACGGCGCUCUCUCCAAUUAUAUAUUCUCUCUUGCCAUCUACGUUCACAGAGAAAGGGGAGAAAAAAAUCCUCAGACUGAAAAUAGACCGAAUCAUUUCUGGGGUUUAAUGGAAGGGAUCACCUGCUGAGCAGAGCGGCGGUGCAGGACGCAAGCCGAGGGAUUAAUAGAGAAUUUUAAAAACGGAUGAAAACGAGCUUUGUUGCACAGCUGUUGGAUUACACUCCGUUUAUCCUGAGAAGCAUGUACCUGCAUAGCCAUGGGAACAAAAUAGGGGGGGGGACAAGUUGAAUGUGUAUGGGUAGUGUGUAUUCAGUGCAUGUGUGUGGUGUAUACAUUCUAGUAUGCACAAAUGGCAUGCAGAGAUGCACAUUUCCUGACCUUGCCUUACAGAGAGUUCAGAUUUCUUUGUUCUCUAUCAAAGCUGUCCUAGAACAGUUCUAGUUCUAUAUCAGAACUAUCAAAGCUGUCCUAGAACAGUUCUAGUUCUAUAUCAGAACUAU